AUGGUUAACAGUGCAGUUGCGAACGUUGGACGUUGGUCUGCUUUAGCAGUUGGUUUAUUCUACGGAUACACUCAUGAUAAAUCAUUACAUAAAGACGCAGAACUAAAGAAAGUUGAAGCUGAGUAUCGUAGAAAAGAGCGCUUAAUUGAACAAGCAAGACUCGAGUUUGCAAAGAAACAGGCCGGCGCAGCAGCUCAAACACCUGCAACAACAGAUAAGAUUAAUUUUGAUGUUGACAGCCCUGAAUUUGAUUUAGAAAAUUAUCUUCAACACAUUGAAAAGGAAGGCAAUCAAUAG